AUGGUCAGUCCCAACCAGACAGUAGUGACAGAGUUUGUGCUGCAAGGGUUCUCAGAGCACCCGAGUCUAAGACUGUUCCUGAUGGGCUGUUUCCUGUCCCUGUACACAGUGGCUUUAAUGGGUAACAUGGUGAUCAUUGCUUUGAUCACCUCCAGCACUGGGCUCCACAGUCCCAUGUACUUUUUCCUAUGCAACUUAGCAACCAUGGAUAUUAUCUGUACCUCCUCUGUGCUGCCCAAGGCGCUGGUUGGUCUACUGUAUGAAGAAAAUACCAUCUCCUUCAAAGGAUGCAUGGCCCAGCUCUUCUUUCUUCUGUGGUCUGGAUCCUCUGAAGUGCUGCUGCUCACAGUUAUGGCCUAUGACCGCUAUGUGGCCAUCUGCUGUCCCCUCCACUACAGCUCUAGAAUGAGCCCACAGCUGUGUGCAGCUCUGGCCGUGGCUGUAUGGUCCAUCUGUGCUGUGAAUGCAUCUGUACACACUGGCCUGAUGACACAGCUGUCAUUCUGUGGUCCAAAGGUCAUCACCCACUUCUUCUGUGAGAUUCCCCCACUCCUCCUGCUCUCCUGUAGUCCUACAUAUGUAAAUAGCGUUAUGACUCUUGUGGCAGAUGCCUUUUAUGGAGGCAUCAAUUUUUUACUUACCUUGCUAUCCUAUGGCUGCAUCAUUGCCAGCAUCCUGCACAUGCGUUCUGCUGAGGGCAAGAGGAAGGCCUUUUCUACCUGCUCAUCCCACCUCAUCGUGGUUUCUGUGUACUACUCAUCUCUGUUCUGUGCCUAUAUCAGUCCUGCUUCCAGCUACAGCCCAGAAAGAAGCAAAUUUACCUCAUUUUUUUACUCAGUCCUCAGUCCAACCCUCAACCCCCUCAUCUAUACACUGAGGAACAAGGAUGUCAAGCUUGCCCUGAGAAGACUCUUGCCCUCUUUAUCAAAUUAA